AUGGAAAACUUGAUUCGGCAAGGGACUGUGCAAGGUCCCAUCUUCACGGUCGCUCUGACGGACUCCCACAAGGGCCUUUCUGUCGCGAAUGCUGGCGUCAUUGCACAACAAGUUUUUUCCUGGGGUGAGCAAAAUGCCGCACGCGGGGCUGUGGGCCAAGCAGGUUCGAGUGCCAGGAACCAAGCAUCAUCUCAAGCGGGCGAGUUGGGUGGAUCUCUUGCUACGACAGCCGCACAGCCACGGCCAAAUCACCCUGCCAUCAUUGAUACGAGCACGACACUCAUGCUGCUCGAUGAUAUGACUCUAUUGACCAUCUACAACUCUAUCCCAGGCGCAAGACUCGACAAUACCAUCGGCGAUCAAUUCUAUGGCGUGCCAGGGUCUACCAUGGCGUUUGCAAAACUCGAUGGAGGACGAUGCUAUGGUGCAAUGCAGUCAAGAGGCGAUUUCCCAACAGACAUCAUGGGCGAUGCAUUCAUCAAGAAUCAAAUGGUUGUGUUUGAUCAGAAUCCAACGGCGCCUCGACUUGGCUUUGCGUAUCGUCCAGAUGUUGUAUUUCAGGGACAGCCUGGAUUGUAG